AUGGUAUUACAUGACUGUAUUGAUUUUGAACUUGCUAAAGAGGAGAAAAUACUUAUAGUUGUUGGAGUAGAAUUCGGCACAAAAUUUUCGACGUUUUCUUAUGCUUACAUUAAACCAGAGAAAGAGAAGAUAGAAAUUGUAGUGAAUCAAGAAUGGGGCCAUUUCAAAAGUCCUUAUAAACCCAAUACAGUAUUACAAUACGACGAAGACUAUAAAGAAGUUGUCUCUUGGGGAGCUGAUGCAUUAAGGUCUGAGCCUAGGAGAAGAAAAAGACAUACAUAUAAACUUUUACCAAGACUGGUGGAAGAUUUCAAACUCCAUUUAGAAAAUAUUCCAGAAAGCCAAAAACCCAAAUUACCACCUGGAAUUACUUUUGAUAAAGCAAUAACGGAUUAUCUUCGUGAAAUGGCUUUGGGCGAUGCAACAAGUUUUCAACUAGGAAGUCAAGAUUCCAAUAGUGCUGGUCAAUUAUCAAAAGAUAUUGGCAAUUUACAUAAAAAUUUAGAUAAAUUUUGUGGGCUGAAAAAAGGUAUUAAAAUUAAUGAAUCAGAGGUAAAAAAGCUCUUGAGAAAAUUUGGCUGUUCAAUUGCUGGUAGUAAGAUACAUAAUAGUAAAAAUCUGAUUUCUGGUGUGUUAGAACGUCAUGUGAUUGAAACCAUCAUUGAAAAAACCCAAAAUUACUUUAAUAAUGAUAAAGGCAACAAACAAGAUGAUGAACAAGAUGAUGAGAAACAACAAAGUUUGGAAGUGAAAAUGGUUAAGACAACAGAGCAACUCUCAAAGUUGACAGAUUCAAUUUCAAAAUAUCGCACUGGAGAUGAAGAAGUUAGCAAAGCUACUUCAACAAAAUUACGUCAACAAAUUUAUGGUGUUCUUGGAAAUCGUGGAUUUUCCAAUAUUGCUGUAGGCAAAGAAGACAAAAAACAUCCAUUGAUUGCAACAUUACAAAAAGAUAUUUUAGAUUUAAUGAAUUGUUAUCGUACAAUUACAAAUCCAGAAAAGUUGUCAGAAAAUGAAGAGAUGAUUGAUAAGAUUGUUAGACAAGUUGUUAAUAUUUUUUUUUUCAGAUUAAAAGUACAAGAGCCUGUUGCCAAAGUUGCUAGUAAUGUAAAAUUUACUUUUUUAUUGAAUAUUAAAUAUAUUAGUAUCUUAACAUCAUGGGUGCAACAAGCAGAAAAGGACCAUUGGCAAAAAUCUAAUUUAGAGAAAUUGUCAAAAAUAAAGAUCAGCAACAUCUGA